CGUUUUAAUCGUAGCAGCCGAGCUCUGCACCCAUAAGAUCGAGGAGCAAUCCAAACCUUUCGUUGUCCGCAGUACGACAGCGGCCCAGGCGGCCUUCAAUAAAGUACGCCCGUUCACAAUCGACGCAUCGACUAGACGCAGCGAAUCGGCGAAUAGGCCAUGAACUCGAUAAAGCGCCUCAGCCCCGCGGCUGCACGCGGCACAUCGGCGCUCUUGCGACAAGCCGGGAGACCACAACAGACAAGUACCACAGCACAAAGGCUUGGAGCGUGGGAGCCUGUCCGCCACAAGUCGGGUCCGUAUGGCUACACGCAGGCCAAGUCGCUCGUUUAUAGCAAAUAUGGCGAGCCAAAGGACGUGCUCAAGCUACAUACGCACUCCAUCUCGCCAUCUUUCCCGCAGUCGACGGUCCUGCUGCGGACGCUCGCCUCGUCCAUCAACCCGGCCGACGUCAACACGAUCCAGGGCACGUACGGCGUGAAGCCGACAUUCUCGCCCCUCAUCGGCACCACGGAGCCGUCCGUGAUCCCCGGCAACGAGGCCGUGUUCGAGGUCGUCAACGUCUCCUCGCCCGACCUCAAGGUGUCCAGGGGCGACUGGGUGAUCCCCGCCAAGACCGGGUUCGGCACGUGGCGCACGCACGCGCUGGCCCUGGAGGGCGACGUGCUCCGGGUCAACAAGCAAGGUCUGAACCCGACGCAGGCCGCCACGGCGUUUGUCAACCCGUGCUCAGCGUACCGCAUGCUGCGCGACUUUGCGGAGCCCGCGCUGCGGGAGGGCGACUGGUUCAUCCAGAACGGCGCCAACAGCGGCGUCGGCCGCGCGGCGAUCCAGCUCGGCAGGCUGUGGGGUUACCGCAGCAUCAACGUCGUCCGGGCGCGCGACUCGCCCGAGAAGACGCAGGAGCUCAAGGACGAGCUGGCCGCGCUGGGCGCGACGCACGUCGUCACCGAGGACGAGUUCCUCAGCAGGGAGUUCAAGGACAUGGUGGCCCAGUGGACCCGGGGCAGCCGCGAGGGCAUCAAGCUGGGCAUGAACUGCGUCGGCGGCAAGUCCGCGCAGACGAUUGCCAAGACGCUCGGCCCCGGAGGCGCCGUGGUCACGUACGGCGGCAUGUCGAGGCAGCCGGUCGCGCUGCCCACGGGCUUGCUAAUCUUCAAGAAUAUCCGGUUCUUGGGAUUCUGGCUGAGUCGCUGGGCGGACCGGGAUGUGGCGGCAAAGGAGAGGACCGUCAACGAGAUUCUGGAUCUCAUCAGGGAGGGCAAGUUCAAGGACGUCCCUACCGUAGAGGUCCCCUGGAGCUGGGAGACCGAGGAGGGAGUGCUGCGAGACGCUGUGCAGGGUACACUCGAGGGAUUCCGCGCUGGAAAGGGCGUUUUUGUGUUUGGCGAAACGUAGGAAGCCGAAUAGGCAGGCCUUGAUAUUUUGGCAAUGAAUAAACCAGGCUCCGCCGACGCUGCGUGGGCUCUUCACAAUAACAAUAAUGAGGUAAUCCAAA